UUUCCAAAUCCAAUAUCCAAAACCAACCACACUCUUUCACACCCCAACAUCUAAACUAAACUCCAAGUCCACAAGUUCCAUACCAUAGUCUAAUUUCACAUAGCAAACAAGGAGAGUUUGUGUGUGUGAGAGAGUGCACAAUGGCUUCUACUCAAUGUUUCUUGCAUCACCAUGCCUUUACCACCCCUACCAGAACCCCUUCUCAACGCAUAAUGGUUAACACCAAGCCAAACCUCAUAGUUUGCAAGGCCCAGAAGCAGACACCUCAAGAGGAUGAUGCUAGCUUAGUCUCUCGCCGGUUAGCUCUCACUGUGCUCAUUGGUGCUGCUGCUGUUGGCUCCAAGGUCUCUCCUGCAGAUGCAGCCUAUGGAGAAGCUGCCAAUGUAUUUGGAAAGCCGAAAGCAAACACAGAUUUCCAGUCAUACGAUGGAAAUGGAUUCAAACUAUCGAUUCCCGCAAAGUGGAACCCAAGCAAAGAGGUUGAGUACAUAGGUCAGGUUCUUAGAUAUGAGGAUAACUUUGAUUCAACCACCAAUGUUGUUGUCACGGUGACUCCAACUGAUAAGAAGUCCAUCACUGACUAUGGUUCACCCGAAGAGUUCCUCUCUAAGGUUGAUUAUUUACUAGGAAAACAAGCCUUCUUUGGCGAAACUCAAGCUGAGGGGGGUUUCGAUCCAAAUGCGGUGGCCGUAGCAAACAUCUUGGAGAGUUCAAAAACAAAUAUUGAUGGGAAGGAGUACUAUGUUUUGUCUGUGUUGACAAGGACUGCUGAUGGAGAUGAAGGUGGAAAGCACCAACUAAUAAGAGCAACGGUAAAAGAUGGAAAACUAUACAUAUGCAAGGCUCAAGCUGGUGACAAGAGGUGGUUUAAGGGAGCAAGAAGAUUUGUGGAGAAUGCAGCAAGUUCUUUCAGUGUUGCUUAAGAACUUUUAAUAGCGGUUUAUGCUCUGUAUGUGUAAAUCAACUUCCAAGUGCCAUGUAUUUUGUCCACGAGUUUCAUUAUUUCAAGGACUUGGUUGGAUUUUAAUUCAGUGUCUGAAUACUUAAUAUUCGUGGCGUUGUAAAGACAGCCACCCUUUUAUUUCUCU